CUCAUGUUUCUCUCUGGGUCUCAGGAGGAGAGAACCUUUUCUAAGAGGACACCACCAGAUCAUCGCGAGAGGCACAUCUGCUCACCAGAAGGAAGAGUCCCAGGUUCUGACAAGAGUCCAGGUUCUUGGGGUCAUUCCCCCAGGAAGACAGGGGUGAGGCCCCAGAGCGCCCCUCAGUGCCUGUAAGCGCCUGAGAGUCACCAUCGUCAGCCCCGUCCAGGGUGCGAUUCUCAGCCAAGGCCGCGCCCUCCUCUACCCGCAGGCCCGCUGCCAGCCUGUGCCGUCAUGCCUGCGAAUCACAAGUAUGUGCUCUGCAAUCUUGAUGAAGACCGCCAGGAGCCAAGAGAAGAUGAGCCUUUCCUCCAUAUGCUCUGGGGCGAGGAGGAGGGGAUGGUCACCUCCUCUUCCUCUUCCUCUGCCUCUGCCUCUGCCUCUUCCUCAUCCCACCAGUCCCCGGUGAGCGAGGGUGUGCCAGAGGAGGCUGCUGGGGAUGCCGAUGCUCCCCAUAGCCCUCCCAGUGCCCCUUCCUCCCCUCCAGCCCUGGCUGCGCCUAGUGCCAGCGUCCAGCAUGAGGAGGGGGCUGCAGAAGCCCGGGCCGGCGCACACGAAGCCGUGCACGAGAAGAUGGCUGAGAUGGUGGAGUUCCUGCUGUUCAAGUACCGCGUCAAGGAGCUGGUCACCGAGGCGGAAAUGGUGCAUGUGGUCCUCGGCGGUGAGCAGGGGCACUUCCCUGUGGCCUUCUGCCAGGCCUGCGAGUGUCUGCAGCUGGUCUUCGGGCUGGAGGUGCAGGAAACAGAGCCGGAUGGCGACACCUAUAUCGUGAUCACUGCCCUGGGCCUCACCUAUGACGGGCUGACCAGCCCUGAGGAGACCUUGCCCAAGACGGGCCUGCUGGUGAUGGUCCUGGCCGUGGUCCUCCUGGGUGGCGACCGUGCCUCCGAGGCGCACAUGUGGGAAGCUCUAGGUGUGAUGGGGGUGUUUGCAGGGGUGCAGCACUUCAUCUUUGGGGAGCCCAGGCUGCUCCUCACUGAAGCGUGGGUGGAGGAGCAGUACCUGGAGUACCGGCAGGUGCCCCACAGUGAUCCCCCCCGCUACGAGUUCCUGUGGGGCCCCCGGGCUCACGCCGAGACCAGCAGGAUGGAAGUCCUGGGGCAUUUGCUCAGGAUCAAUAGGAAGCAGCCCAAUGCCUUCCUCGCUUUCUCUGAGUAGGUGUGAGCAAGGAUGGGGCCUGAGCCCUGUGGUGGAGGGAGUGGGCAUCUCGGGCGGGGAGAGUUGGGCACAGGGUGCAUACAUCGCCUGGGGCCCGCGGUGAUGACUGCACACUGACGUUUGUUUUCUUCAGACAGUUUUCAGAUGUUGUUCCUCUGAGGAAGCUUUGUUAGCUUCCGGGCCUGCGUUUGUGAGUUAGCUGCCACGUGACCGGUGCGGACCCAGUUCCGGGGGAGCCUUACCCUGUGGGUUUGACACCGGAGCGGACGGCGGCGUCGGGUGGGGAGCGCGGAGGUGGGCGCGUGUAGGCGGUCAGCUGGGUGGCAUGAAGCAUGGACAGCGGAGACCCAGCGCCUGCCUGUACCCCUCCCUGUGUUACUCAAUAAA